AUGAGCAGCGUCACUGCCACCGGCAUCUCGCAGUCCACCGGCCCGUGCCUCCUGCUUCGCCAACACCACCGCCGGCGAGUGGUGCCGCGGUCCCUAUUCCGGCGGCAGCCGCGCGGGCACACGACUGCCCGGUGGGCGUGCGGCGCCAGGAGGCGGGUGAGGUACGAGGAAGAGGAGGACGAGGAGGAGUACGGGCACAACGAGGAGAUGGCGCGGCUGGAGACCUACAGCGAGGGGGCGCGCGACGUGGCCCUCCUCGUCACGGCCGCCGUCGACGGCGAGCUUGAGUCCGUGCUCGUCUUCAAGGGCUUCUCGUCGAGCCUGAGCGGGAGGACGGCGCCGGACCCGGCCAUGAGCGUGCUCCCGGAGAGGGCCGUCAUACAGUCCGUCGACGUGGUCAAGGGGCCGUUCGACCCCGACAACAUCGAGUACCUCGAGAAGGAUUUGUCAUGGGAAGAAUUCAAGAGCCGACUCCAAUAG